AUGAAAUUUCGUUUCCCCGGGGGCAGGGAGGUCGGAACGGGUGCACAGACGUGGCUUGCGGCAUUAGCGCGGCGUCCCUGCGAAGCUGUUCACCGGCACGUGGGGGCGGCGGGGGCCUCCGCGGGGGCGGCGGGCCCCGCGGGGGCCCAGGGUCAUCAGGCGCGCGCGGGUUUGGGCGGCUCGCCCUCCGCCCCCCCCGGGCCCGUAAGCGUACUCCCGGGCCCGCCACUUCACAGCUGCGAAAACGAAAAAUUCCCCGGGGCCGCUUAG